AUGGCAUCACCUGCAGACCUGAGAGUGAUAGGUUCAGAAGGUUUUGCUCUUAUAGACAAGUUCUAUGGACCAUCAGCACGAAGAAGGCCUAAUCCGAAAGGGGUAUUUCCUGCAAGACAAGGACGUUGGGUGGUUCAAGUGCCCAAUGACGAGUUGGAAGAGCCUGCAAUCAAUAGCAGAGAGGCUGCUUCUCGCUAUGAGGAUAUGAAACCGGAGUUGGACAAAAGGUACGAUUUUCGACAAGCUAAGCACUGGAGAAAGGUAGCAAUACGUGAGACAAUUUUUGUCAUGUAUAGGAAAAAAGUAGCAAUACAACAACGAAGAGAUCUCUUCCGGUGA